AUGACCAGUGCUAUCGUCUUCAUAGAAAAACAGUUCCAAAUACCUUCCCGACUUAGUGGCACGAUGGUCUCUGCUGGGGAUUUUGCUUACAUUCCCGUAGUUAUUUUCACUAGCUAUUUUGGUGGAAAAGGGAAUCGCGCCCGUUGGAUUGGUGGUGGUUGUAUAUUGAUAGCGAUUGCUAAUCUGUUGAUCAGUUCCUCAAACUUUCUUUUUCCUGGAGAGGAAUUUCACGUGAAUAACAGUUAUAUUCCGAGCUCCUUAGCUUACGAAGUCAAC